AUGCCAACGCCAAGAACCACAACGACGACAACGACCACGGAAAGCACACCUCGGACCACAACUACCACAACCACUCCAAAGCCCACCCCACCACCAGUUUUGGGCAAAGAGGGUCCUCCAGGUCCUCCCGGACCCCCUGGACCUCCCGGUCCCCCUGGUGAUCCAGGUAUGGACGGUGAACAUGGUCUUCCUGGUCCACCAGGUCCUCGUGGACCUCCACCUCCGGAACUGGAAGAUUACCUGAAACGUCAGCGAGCGAUGACUAAGGGACCUGAUUCUGAAGAAAUUGCAGCGUAUCAGGAGCUUCAGCUCACUUCCGGUCCCCCGGGUGAGCAAGGUGUUCAAGGCCCCCCUGGUCCGAUUGGCAUUCCCGGUCCACAAGGUCCUAUCGGUCCCGUUGGUGAUGUUGGACCUUCUGGACCCCAGGGUGUUCGUGGUCCUCAGGGUCCAAUGGGUGAAUUCGGUCCAGAAGGGGAGCCUGGUCGCAACGGUGUUAAAGGCCCUCGUGGUGCUGUUGGUUCCAUGGGUCUUCCUGGUGAACCUGGACCUAAAGGUCCCACUGGAAUGCGAGGUGAACAAGGGGAACCCGGUAAUCAAGGUCCCAAGGGAAAAAUGGGUGACCAAGGUAGGAAAGGACCCGCUGGCCCCGCUGGCCCAAAGGGCGCUAUUGGUCUCCGGGGGCCCCCGGGUAAACCUGGACCCCGUGGAGUAUAUGGACCUCAAGGUCCCAGAGUAAAUACUAAAUCUAUUUGCCAAGGUGUCGAUGGACCUACCGGUGCUCAAGGUCAAACUGGUGAGCGUGGUGAACAAGGUCCUAUGGGUCCAGUAGGCUUCCAAGGAGCCGAAGGUCCGAAAGGAGCUCCUGGUCCUAUUGGUGCAAAAGGAGAGCCCGGCUUCCAAGGUCCACCUGGAGCCAGAGGUCUUCCCGGUCUCACAGGCCCUCCUGGAAAACAGGGAAAGAUGGGACCUGCGGGUAUUCGAGGUGUAAAAGGUGAAACUGGUUCCCGAGGUCGAAUGGGACGCCUUGGAACCAUGGGAGCUCGUGGUUUCCCCGGCGCCGAUGGUGAGGAAGGACCACCUGGUGCUAGAGGACCCGAAGGCGCACAAGGUCUUCAAGGUCCUCAAGGUCAACCAGGUCCUGAAGGACCAAAGGGACCACCUGGAGACCAAGGACCCCCUGGUGCUCAAGGACCUGCGGGCAAACGUGGACCUCGUGGUGACGCGGGUCCCGUCGGUCCGAAGGGCUUCAUUGGUUCUCGUGGAUUGCCUGGAUCUCGCGGUACACCUGGCCCUGAAGGUCCUGCUGGUCCUGUUGGUUUACCCGGUGAUGCUGGUGCUAUUGGUCCUCUUGGUCAAAAGGGUCAUAUUGGUGAUGUUGGACCUGCUGGUCCUCGUGGUUUAACUGGUUUCAGGGGUCCCCGUGGUAAACGCGGAGCCGAGGGACCAACAGGAGAACCUGGACCUAAGGGUCCGGUCGGAGCUCCUGGUAAACCUGGUGUCGGAGGUCCUCAAGGUCCCCAAGGUUCAAUGGGACCCCAAGGUGCACAAGGUGCCCGUGGUCCAGCUGGUCCAAUGGGAAAGACUGGUGAAGUCGGUCCUGUAGGUCAACGGGGUCAACAAGGAGACCGAGGUGCUAGAGGGGAGGCUGGUCCUCCUGGUCCUCAUGGACCCUCUGGUGCUAAAGGUGCCCGUGGUCCGAGUGGGAAACGCGGUCCAAUGGGUCCUGAAGGCCGCCCUGGUCAACAAGGACCUGAGGGAUCCCCUGGUAAGCAGGGUGACCCAGGUGCUCCUGGUGAAGCUGGUGAAGUUGGUCCCAAGGGCCCUGCUGGUGAACGUGGUGCUCCAGGUCCAAUGGGUGCCGUGGGUGCCACCGGCGCUAGGGGUGAACGUGGACCCGCUGGUGAUGUUGGUCCAGACGGUCCGGCUGGUGAACGCGGUGAAAAAGGUCAAAUGGGUGAAAUUGGAGCUAUUGGUGUAGCUGGCCCCCCUGGUAACGCUGGUUACUCCGGUCCUCGUGGUCCCACUGGUCAAAUAGGUCCAGUUGGACCCCGUGGUGACCCAGGUCCAAGAGGACCAGCUGGAGAACGUGGUGAUGAUGGCCCUGUUGGUCCUCAGGGUCCUCAAGGUCGUCCUGGUCACAAAGGCCUUCCUGGAAAUGUUGGUAAUUCUGGUGACGAAGGCAUGCCCGGUGACGUGGGGGAGCAGGGUCCCAUGGGUGAAAUUGGUCCUCCUGGUCCUUCUGGUUCUCCUGGUGAGGUAGGGCCGAAGGGUGUGAAGGGUGAAAGAGGUCGACGUGGUAGAAGAGGUGAUACUGGAGACACUGGACCUACUGGGCCUGCUGGUCGGCCAGGACAGAAGGGACAUGUUGGUAUGUCAGGUCGUGAAGGUGAUCGUGGCUUACCUGGAGAAGUUGGAGAUAUUGGUGAAGCAGGACCAGCUGGUGAGACUGGUCCCACUGGUCCCACUGGCGAAGCCGGACCUGUAGGUCUUCCGGGUCCUCCUGGUCCUGCAGGACCUAAGGGUGAAAUGGGAGACACAGGCCCAUCCGGUCCCCCGGGUGUUGACGGUGAACCUGGAGAUGAUGGUCCUGAAGGUCCUCGCGGUCCGCGUGGUGAAACUGGUCCAACGGGUCAUGUUGGUCCUAUUGGUCCUCGUGGUCAUACUGGGCCUCAAGGUCGAACCGGCCCAGUUGGUCCUGCUGGUCCAGCUGGAGAAAUGGGUAAAAUGGGGAUGACGGGUGCUGAAGGUCCUCGUGGACCUCGCGGUCGUCAAGGUCCAAUGGGACCCCAAGGAAAAACAGGUCUUCCUGGUCCAACUGGACCUCGAGGAGAAAUUGGUCCAGCCGGUGUUGAUGGAGAACGUGGUAUACGUGGUCUCCCUGGUCAACGGGGACCUCAAGGACCUUCUGGUGAAGUUGGUCCUCAAGGUCAUGUCGGUAUGCCCGGAAUAGUAGGUCCACAAGGACCACGCGGUCAAACAGGACCUAAGGGAGCGGCCGGUCCAACUGGUAAACGUGGCGAAACUGGUUUCCAAGGUGUCCGUGGUGAACCUGGUGAGCCAGGUGAAACUGGAGACACUGGACCCCCAGGUCUCCCUGGAGACACUGGUCCCCCUGGUGAGGUCGGUCCUGCGGGCAACAUGGGUAUGAUGGGUCCACCUGGUGAGCCUGGUCCUAUGGGUCCUCCUGGUCGAGAGGGUUCUACCGGUGUCCAGGGUCCCCAAGGUCCCGCUGGUCCACGCGGUGACACUGGUCCUAAAGGCGCCACUGGUCCUCCUGGACCUCCCGGCCCUCAAGGUCCUGCUGGUCCUGUUGGCUUGCGAGGUGAAGAAGGUCCUGCUGGUGAGGAAGGUCCUGUCGGUCCUCAGGGUCCACCUGGUCUUCCUGGCGAAUUUGAUACUAACCUCAUGGAGAUCUUUCUGCGUCCAAAUUCCUCCGACUCCUCCAUGAUGAGCGACGAAGGUUACAAACCCGAGGAUGGUAUUCCAUUCGAAGACAGAAUGCAAGGAGAUGCACCAGAGCCUGAUGAAAACCGCAAGAAUGUCGAUGCAUUCACGGCUUUGACUCGAAUUUCAAACCUCGUUGAUCGUCUUUACAGAGCUUCCGGAACUCAACGGUAUCCUGCCAAAAGCUGUGCUGAUCUUAGCCUUCACACGCCCGAUUCUCAUGAUGGUGAAUUCUACAUUGAUCCCAACGGAGGCCACUGGCGGGACUCUUUCCCAGUUCAUUGUCAACUUGAAACGUUGACAACUGUCAUUCCGUCACAAAUGCAACAAGUUGAGUCAGUUGGUCUGUCUCGCAUCAUCAAUAAAAGGGGCACCUUCUGGUAUUCCACAGCGGCAUUCAAAUCUGAAGAAGCAGAAUUGCCCUACCAAAUAACAAAAGAUCAAUUGGCCCAUCUUCAGUUGUCAAGUGAGACCGCUACCCAGAAGUUGGUGAUUGGAUGCCGAUACUAUGAACCAGGAGAAAAUAUUAUUCUUCUUGGAGAUGGUAACCAAGCUCUUACUCUCAAUGGCACCGACUCUGUUCUUGUGGUCAUUGAUAUCCUUGAGAGCACCUGCUCGUCGAACAAUUUCCGAGGUGAAAUGGUGAUCGAAAUCCGAACUCAAAUGACAAGCAUAUUGCCAAUUCGUGAUGUUCAGCUGUCCACACCGCGAUCUCGGGACGCUGAAGUCAGUGUGACUCCUGGAUCAGUUUUGUUUAGCGGAACCACAGAAAGAGUCCCAGUUGGUAUAGGUCAGCUCUACGCAGCCGAUGUUUCUCGUUUCCACGCCUUCAGGCGCUGA